GGGAAGAGUCGGCGGAGCUCGAGGAGGACACGGACGGCGGCGGCGGAGGAGGAGCUGCGCCGCGCGCCCUCCGCGGCCGGCCGCCCGCCCGAGCGCAGGCCGACAGCUCCAGCGUAGCCGGCGGGUCCGGCCGCCUUCGCCCGGAGCCCGGCGCGGGCAGGGUCCGAGCCGAUGGGCAGAGCGGGGCGGCGGGCGGCCAGGCUGCGGCCCCGGUAGUCGCCGCGCGCUCGCGGGCUGUAGCCGGUCCCGGCGGACCGCGUCUCCGAGGACCUGCUCCUGGUCGUGAGCGUGGGACCUGCCGUCCUCCCCAAGGUGAAGGAAGUGCUCACGGCCAGAUGUCUUAAGGAAUCCUUCUGAAAAGGACAGAGGUGGACAAAUCGUUACAACUGAGACGCAAGCAAGCUGGUUUUGGGCGGGCCGCACUCGGAGGAUGCUGUUUGCUUUUGGUUAACGAGAGAAAAUACAACUCUAGAAGAAGCCUUCAUAUCCUCACUUAAUGUUGUGUUGUGAAUAACAAUGUAACUGGAUUCACAUCCGUCUUCCUGCGGAGAGCGGGCUCCUGAUAACCUGGGCAGGCAUGAGCGACCCGAGGCAGUCGCAGGAGGACAAGCACAAGCUCGGCAGGGCCUCCUCCAAGUUCAAGGACCCUCCCAGAAUCAUGCAGUCUGACGAUUAUUUUGCUCGAAAAUUCAAAGCCAUUAAUGGCGGCAUGGGACCCGCCACUUCUUUAAAUGCCUCCAGUUCCAACGAGGGUGGCGGCCCGGCUAAUGGCACCCCAGCCGUGCCCAAGAUGGGCGUGAGAGCCAGGGUGUCCGAGUGGCCGCCUAAAAAGGACUGCUCCAAGGAGCUGGCCUGCAAGGGGCUGUGGGAAAGCCGGUCCCAGACCAGCUACGACAGCGUGGCGUCCCUGUUGCAGAACGGCCAGAGCGACGGUCAGCUGGAGGAGCAGCUCGAUCUGGACUUCAUGGAGGCGAAGUACACGCUGGGAGACCUCUUCGUCCACUCGCCGCAGAGAGGACUUCACCCCAUCAGGCAGAGGAGCAACAGCGACGUCACCAUCAGCGACAUCGACGCCGAAGACGUCCUAGACCAGCACGCGGUGAACCCCAACACCGGGGCUGCCCUGCACCGCGAGUACGGGAGCACGUCCUCCAUCGACCGGCAGGGCCUGUCCGGUGAGAACUUCUUCGCGAUGCUCAGAGGCUACCGAGUGGAGAGCUACGACCCCAAGGUGAUGGCCCCCUUUGGGUUCCCGGAGUUCUUCUCCUGCGACCCCGCCAUCUCACCCAGCCUGCACGCAGCGGCGCAGAUUUCUCGAGGAGAGUUUGUCCGCAUCUCAGGACUGGAUUACGUGGACGGCGCCCUCCUCGUGGGCAGAGACCGGGACAAGCCUUUCAAGCGGAGGUUGAAGUCGGAGUCGGUGGAAACGUCCCUUUUCCGCAAGCUGCGGACUGUGAAAAGCGAACACGAGACUUUCAGGUUCACGUCCGAUCUGGAAGACGGCCGCCUGGAGCGGGGCGUCCGCCCUUGGAAUUGCCAGCGGUGUUUUGCACACUACGACGUCCAGAGCAUUUUGUUCAACAUCAACGAAGCCAUGGCGACGCGGGCUAACGUGGGGAAAAGGAAAAACAUGACCACGGGGGCCUCCGCCGCAUCCCAGACUCAGAUGCCCACGGGCCCGGCGGGCACCUGCGAGUCCCCGCUGGGGAGCAAGGAGGACCUCAACUCCAAAGAGAACCUGGACGCCGACGAGGGCGACGGGAAGAGUAACGACCUCGUCCUGAGCUGCCCUUACUUCAGAAACGAGAUAGGCGGGGAAGGGGACAGGAGGAUCGCACUGUCCAGGGCCAACUCGUCAUCCUUCAGUGCCGGGGAGAGCUGCUCCUUCGAGUCCUCCCUCAGCUCCCACUGCACGAACGCAGGUGUGUCGGUCUUGGAGGUGCCCAGAGAGAACCAGCCGAUCCACAGGGAGAAGGUGAAGCGCUACAUCAUCGAGCACAUCGACCUGGGGGCCUACUACUACCGCAAGUUCUUCUACGGGAAAGAGCACCAGAACUACUUUGGGAUUGACGAGAACCUUGGCCCCGUGGCCGUCAGCAUCCGGAGGGAGAAGGUGGAAGACGCCAAGGAGAAGGAAGGGUCGCAGUACAACUACCGGGUGGCCUUCCGGACGAGCGAGCUAACCACGCUGAGAGGAGCCAUCCUGGAGGACGCCAUCCCCUCCACCGCGAGGCACGGCACGGCGCGGGGCCUGCCCCUCAAGGAGGUGCUGGAGUACGUCAUCCCCGAGCUGAGCAUCCCGUGCCUGCGGCAGGCCGCCAGCUCGCCCAAGGUCCCGGAGCAGCUGCUCAAGCUCGACGAGCAGGGGCUGAGCUUCCAGCACAAGAUCGGGAUCCUGUACUGCAAAGCGGGCCAGAGCACCGAGGAGGAGAUGUACAACAACGAGACGGCGGGGCCCGCGUUCGAAGAGUUCCUGGACCUCCUGGGCCAGCGCGUGCGGCUGAAGGGGUUCAGCAAAUACCGGGCUCAGCUAGACAACAAAACUGACUCGACGGGAACGCACUCCCUCUACACCACCUACAAAGAUUACGAGCUCAUGUUCCACGUGUCCACCAUGCUGCCGCACAUGCCCAACAACAGACAGCAGCUUCUGAGGAAGAGGCACAUAGGAAAUGACAUCGUGACCAUUGUCUUCCAAGAGCCUGGAGCACUUCCGUUCACCCCAAAGAGCAUCCGGUCCCACUUUCAGCACGUCUUCGUCAUAGUCCGCGUGCACAGCCCCUGCACCGAAAACGUGUGUUACAGUGUUGGAGUUUCUAGGUCAAAAGAUGUGCCACCGUUCGGCCCACCGAUUCCCAAAGGCGUCACUUUUCCAAAGUCAGCCGUAUUUCGGGACUUCCUCUUAGCCAAAGUAAUCAAUGCAGAAAACGCAGCCCACAAAUCGGAGAAGUUCCGAGCGAUGGCCACGCGGACGCGGCAAGAGUACUUGAAAGACCUGGCGGAGAACUUUGUCACGACCGCCACCGUGGACACCUCUGUGAAGUUCAGCUUCAUCACGCUGGGCGCCAAGAAGAAGGAGAAAGUCAAGCCGAGGAAGGACGCGCACCUGUUCAGCGUUGGGGCGAUCAUGUGGCACGUGGUGGCGCUGGACUUCGGCCAGUCUGCCAACAUCGAGUGCCUGCUGGGGAUCUCCAAUGAGUUCAUCAUGCUGAUAGAGAAGGACUCCAGGAACGUGGUCUUCAACUGUUCCUGCCGCGACGUCAUCGGGUGGACCUCGGGACUCAGGAGCCUCAAGGUCUUCUACGAGAGAGGGGAGUGCAUCCUCCUGUCUUCGGUGGACGACUGUGCCGACGACAUACGGGAGGUCGUCCAGCGACUGGGAAUCGUGACCAGAGGCUGCGAGACCGUGGAGAUGACCCUGAGGAGGAACGGACUGGGCCAGCUCGGCUUCCACGUGAAUUUCGAAGGCAUCGUUGCCGACGUGGAACCUUUCGGCUUUGCCUGGAAGGCUGGCCUGCGCCAGGGGAGCCGCCUCGUGGAGAUCUGCACGGUGGCUGUGGCCACGCUGACCCACGAGCAGAUGAUCGACAUGCUGCGGACGUCCGUGACCGUGAAGGUGGUCAUCGUCCAGCCCCAUGAGGACGGCUCGCCCCGGAGAGGCUGUUCCGAGCUCUGCCGGAUCCCCAUGGUGGAGUACAAGCUGGACAGCGAGGGCACCCCCUGCGAGUACAAAACCCCCUUUCGGAGGAACACCACGUGGCACCGGGUGCCCACCCCGGCCCUGCAGCCGCUGCCCAGAGCCUCACCCGCGCCCGGAGCGCUCGACCGGCUGCAGGGCCAGCAGCUGCGGCAGCAGGCCCCAGCCGCCAUCCCACGCAGCACCUCCUUCGACCGCAAGCUGCCUGACGGCACCAGAAGCUCGCCCAGCAACCAGUCAUCCUCCAGCGACCCCGGACCCGGCGGCAGCGGGCCCUGGCGACCGCAAGUGGCCUACGACGGGUGCCAGUCUCCCCUGCUGCUGGAGCACCAGGGCCCGGGCCCCCUGGAGUGCGAAGGGGCCAGGGAGCGGGAGGACGCCGCCGACGGGAGCAGACACCCAGAAACCAAGUGGCACGGCCCGCCCUCCAAAGUCCUGAGUUCCUACAAGGAGAGAGGCCUGCAGAAGGACGGAGCGUGCAAAGACUCCCCCAAUAAGCUUUCUCACAUCGGGGACAAGAGCUGCUCCAGCCACUCCAGCAGCAACACGCUGUCCAGCAACACCUCCAGCAACAGCGACGACAAGCACUUCGGGUCGGGGGACCUGAUGGACCCGGAGCUGCUGGGGCUGACCUACCUGAAAGGGGCGUCCACCGACAGCGGCAUCGACACAGCCCCCUGCAUGCCCGCCGCGGGCCUGGGCCCCGUGCACCUGGCGGGCAGCAGAUCCCUGGUCCACAGCCGUGCGGAGCAGUGGGCCGACUCCGCCGACAUCUCGGGGCCCGAGGACGAGCAGGCGAAGAUUUACGCGGUCCACGGCUACGCCCCCACCGGCUGCGCCAGCGGCCCUGCCGGCGGCAGCCUGGGCGACCUCAGCGAGAUCUCCUCUCACUCCAGCGGCUCGCACCACUCGGGAAGCCCCUCGGCCCACUGUUCCAAAGCCACCGGCUCUCUGGACACGUCCAAAGUCUACAUCGUGUCCCACGGCAGCGGCCCGCCGGCCCCGGGGCCCAUGGGCAAGCCCUACCACAGGCAGGGCGCCGUGAGCAAGUACGUCAUCGGCUGGAAGAAGUCGGAGGGCAGCCCGCCGCCCGAGGAGCCCGAAGUGACCGAGUGCCAGGGGCUGUACGGCGAGAUGGAGCUCCUGUCCCCAGGGACUCAGCAUCAGGCGGUGGUGGGGGGUGCGGUCUCCGAAGCUCAGCAUGUGCUGUCCAAAGAAGACUUUGUGAAGUUAAUGCUUCCCGACAGCCCCUUGGCGGGGGAGGGCAGGAGGAAGUUUUCGUUCUACGGGAACCUGUCCCCUCGACGCUCGCUGUACCGCACCCUGUCCGACGAGAGCGUCUGCAGCCACCGGAGGGGCUCCUCCUUCGGCAGCUCCCGCAGCUCGGCUCUGGACCAGGCGCUGCCCAACGACAUCCUCUUCAGCAGCACCCCGCCCUACCGCAGCACCCUGCCCCCCCGGACGCAGCCCGCGCCCAGCAUGGCCAGCCUGCGCAAUGAGUUCUGGUUCUCCGACGGGUCCUUAUCAGACAAGCCCAAGUGCGCAGACCCUGGCCUGAUGCCCCUCCCGGACACGGGUACGGGGCUCGACUGGUCCCACCUCGUGGAUGCCGCCCGGGCAUUUGAAGGUCUUGACUCAGACGAAGAACUCGGUCUGCUCUAUCAGCACAUGCCCUAUCUAGACCAGAGAGUGGCGUCCUUCUGCACCCUGACAGACAUGCAGCACGCACCAGUCCUGGAGGGCGCCCAGGAGCUGCCUCUGUGUGUCGACCCAGGCAGCGACAAGGACUUCCUGGACGCAGCCGGGGAGCGGUCCCCAUCCACGCUGACGGGCAAAGUCAAUCAGCUGGAGCUGAUUCUCCGGCAGCUGCAGACCGACCUGCGGAAGGAGAAGCAGGACAAGGCGGUCCUGCAGGCCGAGGUGCAGCACCUGCGACAGGACAACCGGCGGCUGCAGGAGGAGUCCCAGACGGCCGCCGCCCAGCUGCGCAAGUUCACCGAGUGGUUCUUCAACACCAUCGACAAAAAGUCCUAGCCGGGCCGCCCGCCUCGAGGGGCUGUCCCCACGGAGGGGCCGCAUGGGGGAAGCGGCUGGUGCUGGUGCGUGGGCGCGGCUAGUCCCGAGGUCUUGGCUGCCCCGCCCCGUCAGCACCGGCGCCCCCAGCAGGCGGGGACCGCGCGCUUUCUCGGGGGCGCCAAGUGAGCGGAGGGAGCGCCAGCGUGAAGAUGAAUGUAACUCCCGUGUCGAGAUGAAUGUAACCCCGGUGUCCGUGUAGACCUUUCCCGUAGACGCUACUAAGCAGUGCUCCAGCACGAAGGGUUUUACUUCCUGGGUAUCAGGUGACCUGGUAGAGACGUUCAAGCAGCUCACCGUAGUCUGGGCUUUAGCGUUGUAAAAUAAACCCGAAACCCAAUAAUCAGACAUAUACUGUAAUGUAAAGGUGCUCUAUUUUUCUGGAUGUACAGUAGUUUUAUCUCCACAGCCACAUUAUCCUAGCAAUAAGAAUGGGGCGUGGCCCAGCGUCAGAGACGCCGCGUCGCGGACCGCAGGGCACUGACGUGCUUAACUCUAGUGCGAAUGCAGUUACUGUAGAGGCUUAUUUAUUUGCAGAAGCAAACGGUGCCUGAAUAUUAACAGUGUUCUCAUUAAAAAAAAAAAGAUACUUAUGCCUUGUACAUGGCUCACUCGGUAGUCACUUCAGUCUUAGCUCACGUUCGUGUGGUCAGCGCUCCUCCGGAGAGAAGGCUGCUCCCCUGCCGGGACCCUCCUGCGCGCCGGUGGCCAGCCCGCGGGUCACGUGCACCACGCCAAAUGACCUUUGUACAGAGGCUCGGAGGAAGUGUCCUGUAUUUAACACCCUUAUUUAAGCUUAUUUAACCCUAAAUCGUUAACUUUAUAAACGUGCUGUGACCUGCGCCACGACAGAGAGGCGUGGGAAGCCGCAAGCUGGGAGGGGCGGGGCUGGGCCGGCCGGCCCGGUGAGCCGGAGGCGCAGGGCGGGAAUGCUGUCGUAACACCCAGAUGCUGCUAGAGACGAGGUCUUCGUGUUGCUUUACCAUUUUUAACUGUUCUUUUUGAACCGAACGUACAUUUUGCUUUUUUAAUAAAUGUUUAAAAGAGUCCACGUAA